AUGGUAAAGAUUGGCACUAACUCUACAACUCCCCUUCCCAUUCUGUGUCAUUCAGUUAAUGAUUUUCACCCUUCUGGCAUCUUAACUAAUGGUGACAACCCUUUAGCUUACCCCUUCUCACUACUAAUUUUCCAUCUCAUUCUCGUCAUUGCCAUCACUCGCACUGUUCGUUUUCUUCUUAAGCCUCUCAGACAACCCGUAAUCAUUUCUCAAAUAAUCGGGGGUAUGAUAAUUGGACCUUCUGUUCUUGGACGAAGUAAAUGGUUUCAACGUCACAUGAUGCCAGCGACAGCACAAUUCCUGGUGAACAAUCUUGGAGUAAUGGGAUUCAUGUUCUUUCUUUUCAUUUAUGGUGUGAAGAUGGAUCCUGGCCUAUUAAGAAAGUCAGGAAGAAUGCACGUGUCUACAGCAAUUUUUGGUAUACUCGUUCCCACAAUGUCAGUUUUUUCGGUGGCUCUAUACAUGAGAAAGAACAUGGAUGCAGAACUAGCCACGAUUUCUUCAAUAGGAAUACUUACAGGUUACUUGGGGAUCACGGCAUUUCCUGUUCUCUACAAUGUCCUCAAAGAGCUUAAUCUUUUGAACUCAGAUGUAGGGAGAACGGCAUUGUCCACAGCAAUGAUAGGAGAUGCUUUUGGUGUUGGUACCGUUGUAGCAUUUGAGGCAGGGAAACAAGGAGAAUCAAGAACAGAGAAUGCUUUGUGGUAUAUGCUUUGUCUAUUUAGCUUGAUGGCGUUUAUUUUGUUUUGUGUUAGGCCUGCAAUGGUUUGGAUAAAUAAGAAAACCCCAGAAGGUCAACCAGUGGAUCAGUCUUAUGUGGUUGCUAUUCUUUUAGGGGUUUUUGUGAUGGGCUUUAUAACUGACAUGUUAGGUAUAGCUAUUGCUAAUGGGCCUUUGUGGUUGGGCUUAGCAAUUCCUGAUGGCCCACGUUUAGGAGCAACACUUGUAAACAAGAGCAAGACAAUUAUGACAGAGUUCCUUUUGCCAUUCUCAUUCGUUAUUGUUGGAUCAUAUACUGAUAUUUUUGCCAUGGUUGCUGCUGAUUGGUCUAGUUUGUCACCAUUGUUUGUUAUGGUUUUAACUGGCUACUUGACCAAAUUCUUUUCCACUUGGAUUGCUGCUUUCUAUUGGCGCAUGCCACUCAGGGAUGGACUAACCUUCAGCCUCAUUAUGAGCUUAAGAGGCCAAAUUGAACUCCUAUUGUUUGUGCACUUGAUGGACAAAAGGGUCUUAAAGCCGCCAGGCUUCACAUUAUUAGUGCUAAUGACAACAGCACUGACUGCAACUUUCACACCUCUGAUCUCCAUAUUAUAUGAUCCAACAAGACCAUACAUUGUGAACCAAAGGAGGAACAUCCAACACAACCCUCCAAACGCAGAACUUAGAAUAGUGCUAUGUGUUCUUGAUGCUGAAAGCAUAAAUGGCCUCAUCCAUCUACUUGAUCUCUCAAAUCCAACCUCAACAAGUCCACUUUUAGUUUCUGCUCUUAGACUAAUCGAGCUUGAAGGUCGUGCUAACCCUUUGCUCAUAGACCAUGAGAAACAAGAAGUGCCUCAAAUUUAUCAAUGGACAAACACCAUAAAUGCCCUUGAGCGUUAUCAACAACAUAGAGGAGUGUUUGUGAAGCUACAAUAUUUCACAGCUGUGGCACCAAAGCAAUCAAUGUUCCAAGACAUUUGUGAGCUAUCACUUGAACAAGAUGCUUCUUUAAUCAUCUUACCUUACAAGAAGAUGCUAUCUCCGAAUUUACAAGUGUUAAAGCAUGCACCUUGCUCUAUUGCAAUUCUUGUUGAUAAGGGUCUUCUUGAAAUCACCCCCUUGGGAAAUUCUUUUCGUCAAUGUAGAUAUAGAUUUGCUGUGUUGUUUCUGGGUGGUGCAGAUGCUAGAGAAGCUCUUGUUUAUGCAGAUAGGUUGAUUGAUAACCAAGAUGUGUCUCUGACAGUGAUAAGGUUCCUUUCUCAUAACUAUAUAGGGGAUGAUGAAAUGGAGAAGAAGCUUGAUGAUGGAACAGUGACUUGGUUUUGGGUUAAGAAUGAGGUGAAUCAAAGAGUGUUGUAUAGAGAGGUUGUGGUUAGAGAUGGAGAAGAAACAAUAGCAGCAAUUCAGGCUAUGAAUGAUGGUGGUUAUGAUCUUUUGAUAGUGGGAAGGAAACAAGGGAUAAACCCUGUUCUUCUUACUGGAUUAUCAGAAUGGGGUGAAAAUGAAGAGUUGGGACUAAUUGGAGACUAUGUUUCCUCUGAAGAUUUUUCUGGCUCAGCUUCUGUUUUAGUGGUUCAUCAACAAAUCCUAAGAGGAUAG